AGCACGCGUCGCGCGCGCUAGAAUUUGCGUCUUUCGUAUUUACGUACGCAGUCAUUCAACUUUAAAUCCAAUUAUUAAUACGAUGGCGUGUGUAAGUUAAUGAGAUUGAGUGAUUAGUGCGUUAAGUGUUAUCUGAUAGUGUUUGGUGGAAAAUGGAGGAUGUGAGCUUGGGAAAAUGUUGAGCGCGUUCGCGCUAUGGCACGUGGGAUUGUUGGUAUUGGGAGUGGAUGGGCUUAUAGAAAUCGUCGAAGAGCAACAAUGCCACGACUACGCCUUCCGCCUGACGUGCCGGCAGCUCGACGCCCACAUCGCCAUCCUCGAGGCGUGGUACACCUCAACCGACCGCCUCAACGCCUCAAUAAGCCUCAACGCCUCAGACCUCAACAACCUCACAAUUCGAACUGAGAAUGAUUCAGAACUCGAUAAAGUCUACGUGUAUUCUAGUCCUAAACAUAACGGCGUGUACGAAAGCAACCAUUCCAAUUUUGAAAAUUUGACUGUGAAUGUGUCUGAGCGUUGGAAUGCUUCCGAAUUUGAAUUUUUUACGGAUUUUGUGGAUAAUGGGAGUGAUUGUGGGGUGGGGGGGUUCGUGAGGAGCUAUGGGAGCUGGCGGGAGGGGGAUAAGAGGAGGCGGUCGCCGGCGCGGGACGCGGCCGUGAACUUGAGGGCGCCGGUGAGCUAUCGGUGCACGGGAGUGAACCACUGCAGCUUCGUGCUUCGGGAAGACUACCCCCCUGCGAGAGGGUGGCCGGCGGGGGUGGUGUACAUCAAAUACGCUUGCUUUGAUGACACCCUCUCCAUCCACUACUGCAACCGCGAGGUAGCGAUCGGCGUCUCCGGCCCAGAAAGCGAGGGGUACAUCCGAACGCCGGGGUACCCCAACUUUUACGUGGGGGAAGAGUGUCAGUGGAGGCUCGUCGCUCAUCCAGAACAGCGGAUACGGAUAUCGCUGAUGGAUGUCAGUUUGAGAAGUAUAGGCCCCUUCGAGAACGAGUGUUCCGACUACGUCCUAAUAACGGACGGAAACGGCGACGCGCUUCUCUCGUCGUGCGACCAAGUCGCGUUGCCACUGCGACUGACGUCCGUGACAAACGCAGUCGAAGUCACAGUGGAGACGAGAAGCGAAGGCGCGUAUCCGAAGCGAGGCGUGUUGUUUCAUUAUAAGAGUAUAGGCUGCGUGACGCUGCCAGCGCCAUCUGACGGCUAUCUCGUGUACCGCAACGAGGACGUGGCGCACUACAUGUGCAACGUGCGGCGAGUUUUCGCCGACACCCGACAGAAGGCGCGCGUUAUCUGGUGCUUUGAUGAUAAUAGGUGGAACGACACUGUGCCUUUGUGUGUUGAAGAGGCGAGUAGUGACUCGGCGGGCGAGGGCAAAGACAAAGACAUGACGCACACCGAAGCCAACAUGAUAGUUGACAUCGUGAUCCCGUCCCUGCUGAUACUGGCGCUGUUCAUCGGGAACGCGUUCAUCGUCCUCAUCAUAUACAAGUACAGGAAACGAAAAAAUGAUGACCUGGACGACGAAUUCAACACCAUCCCUCUGAGCGUGAACGGCAACAUCCACAGCGCGGGCAACGCGGUUUAGGCGAACUUUAAUAAUUCUAGAGAGAUUACACGUUACUUUCAACCCUGUUAUUAUAUCAAAAUACCAUUUACCUUGCGGAACGACAGAAAAAUCAUGUGACUACAUCAACUCUGGCGGUCUAGAAAAGCUUGCGUUCUCACGCGAGUCCAUAUUUUUAGUGCAACUUCCAGUGCUUCACGCUUGUACACUCCUUUUUGCUGUGUACUUAACACAGCAAAAGGGAGUGUACAAGUUUCUAAUGGGUUGGCAACGCGCGUGUGACACUCCUUGAGUUGCAGGCGUCCAUAGGUUACGGUGACCGCUUUCCAUCUGGCGGACCGUAUGCUUGUUUGCCACCGACGUAGUAUAAAAAGUGUGGACUCGCGCGUCAUAAGUUAUAAGUUGCGGUUUUGCAAGGUUUUGUAAGUUCGCAAGAACAAAUCUUUCUGAACGUGUUGGAACAGCAUAAUUUUGGCAGAUAUUAGUCAAAAAUGUACAGAUGAUUCAAAUAAUUCCGUUGUAAAAAACAAUCAAAUCUAUAAAAUAGCAUUGUAUAAUUUAGAUUCGAUGACUUUGAUAGCUGAGUUCAAUCCUCCCUUGCAGAUAGAACAUUAGUAUGUUGAUGGCUUAGAUUUUAAUGAUAUUACUAAAUAGUACCCGUAUUCCGUGAUAGGAAGUCGUUUUUAUUGCUUAGGUUUAAGGUAUUAUACUUCGUGCCCUUAUGAUGACGCGCAGAUUUCUCAAAUCCAAUCUACUAAUAUUACAAUACGAGUCAAGGCAGCCGUUAUUGUGGGUGAUACAAUUUAUAAAAAGAUAAUCAUAUUCGGGAGUUAAGUAACAAAACUUUCAUGUCAUUCAGUCAUUUUAAAUUUCACUGAACGUUUUUAUAUGUAUGUGUACUUAUAAAUAAUGAAAAACGAUGCCUAAAGAAGGAAUUUACGUAUAACUGGCUGUUAAAAGAAGGAACAUACCUUUUUAAAUGUUCUAUCGUGUAAUCUCUCAAAGGCAGCUGAACGAAAACGCGUUAGGUCAAUCGGCGGCAAGAGUAACAUGAGUCACGAUUUUAUGGCAUGUUCCAUUUAUUCACGACGAAAGUUCAAGUGAUCUCUAAAUAACAGUUACUUUCCCGAUAUAUGCAUAGAUUUAAUUUGCAGCUGUAGUUUAUAAACACUCCAUGAAGUCGUGACUCACGUUACUUUUACGUGGAUUCCGUGGACCCGUUAGAAAUCGGACAAGAGCAUCGACUAGUCGCCGCGUGUGCGAGCGGCCUUAGGCCUUAAGUUACCCUAUUUAUUCCUUUAUUGCCUCAAUUAGACAGUCCAGGCGAUUUGAGGCGCAUUCGUGAAAUUAUACCAAUCAAAUUGUUACAAGGACAGGAAGGGUACAUCUGGGGGCGUAUCGCGAAUUUCUCAAUUUUCUUUUAGUCCAAGGCUUAACAGAGAAACGUGCCGGCAAUUUUAGGUGUUCGUGGUAGGCCCUCUGACGUAUAGGGCCUUUUGUAGAUUAAUUUAAAGAGGUUUUCAUUUGGUUCGUUUUUAUUAAUUUAAUGUCUAAGAUAAGAAGGAUAAUUUAUGUCUCAUUUCAAGCCUAAUACUUAUUGAAGUCUCGAAACCUAUUUAUUUACAUUUAAAUAUCUUUGAAUAUUGAUGUAAAGCUCUACGGUUACCUAAUUUAGUUCAUUUUCAUUUAAUAAUGCAAAAGGCCCUAUUAAAUUAAUGCUACGUGUAACUUACUUAUAUUUUUGUGUCUAAGCUAGCAACACUAGUAAAAGCCUGUUUUCAUCAAACACUUGUCAUAAACAAUGUUGCCAGCGUUUAAAAAAAAAAAGUACCUUAUCAUUAGCCUUUUUUCUGUAUAAAUAGUUUUCUUAUUUACAAUAGCUUAGAUGUUAAGUAAGGACUGAUAUGAUGUAAAAUACUGUUAUUUUCUUCAGUCGCACAUUUCCACUGCCUUGUUUUCCAUAGUAAGUCAAUUAAAAAGUUGUUGGCUCUAGUACUAUGCUAAGUAUUUAUGAUUUCGUUUCGUCUCGAAAUUGUUGAUGUUUUUGUAUUUGGCGAAGUCUGUAUAGAUUCAGUAAUGAAUAAAGCACUUUAUCUUUA